AUGCAAUUGAAUGCUCCCCGUUUCGGGGCCUUCAUACUGAUCCUCCUCCAGAGUCUGAAUCUCGUACAGGCUGAGAGACUCAUCUCUGCGGAGGGGCUGACAAAAUGUUCCGACAGCUCCGAAGUCCAGAUUAACAACUUCAACGCCGUCUUCACCCCCGACAAUUCCUCCAUCAGCUUGAAUUUCGAUGGAUACUCCUCUGUAGCAGGAGAGGUUCUCAUCGAUGUGGAAUUGCUAGUAUAUGGCUACAAGGCCAUGACCAAAACUCUCGAUCCGUGCGAUCUCGAUCUCUCCGUCUUCUGUCCGAUGAAGGCCAUUGAACUUCAGCUCCCCACGAUCACGCAGACUUUGGGCCAAAGUGUUCUCUCGCAGAUUCCUAACAUCGCUUACACCGUCCCCGAUCUCGAUGCGGUGAUUCGGAUCAAAUUGAAGUACAAGAGCGGUUCGUCCACGGGGAAAGAGAUCACUUGUUUGGAAACUCGCGUUCGUAAUGGAAUCUCCGUCUACCAAGCCGGUGUGUGCUGGGCGCUCGCCAUCAUCACCGGAAUCGGUCUUAUCGCUUCCACGGUUAUCUCGCUUCUCGGUCACUCCAACACCGCGACCCACUUGGCUUUCCGAUCGCUGGCAUUCCUCGGGUUCAUCCAGACCCAGGCUAUGGCCGGUAUGACCGCCGUCAACAUGCCGCCCUUUGUGCAGUCCUGGACUCAGAACAUGCAGUGGAGCUUGGGAAUUGUGCGGGCGGAGGCUCUCCAGACCAUUUCGACUUGGUUCCAACGCGCUACCGGAGGAACCCCCUCGAAUGUCUUGACCAACUCGGAAAAUGUUUCCUUGGUUUUGCAGAAGCGUGGGUCGAUCGCUGCCCGGGCCUCAACAACCGGAAGCCAAAUUAUCCUCCGAGGUAUCGAACGGGUUGGAAUUCGGGACAAUAUUGAAUUGACCAACAUCUUCAUGACCGGUUACCUUUUCUACUACUUCGUGACUGCGCUUGUGGUAGUGUGUGUUGGUUUGGUUCUGCUCGUCCGCGCCGUUCUAGCCAAGAAGCAGACAUCGAUUCCGAAGCUCGAUCGCGCCAUCGGUGUGACUUCAGACUGGAAAUCCAUCCUUCGCAACACCUUCUUCCGACUUGCAUGCAUCGGUUACCCCCAAAUGUGUGUUCUGUGUCUCUGGGAACUGACCCGUCGCGACUCGGCUGCUGAGAUCGUCCUGGCCAUCACCAUGUGGCUGGUGACGACGGGCGUGCUCGCAUUCGCUGCGUUCAAGGUGUUCCAGCGCGGACUGCGAUCCAAGCAGCAACACAACACCGCUGCAUACACCCUGUAUUCCGACCCCGCGACUUUGAACCAAUGGGGUUGUCUCUAUAUUUACUACCGCGCUCCGGUGUAUUACUUCCUCGUCCCCUCUCUGGUUUACAUCAUUGUCAAGGGAAUGGUCAUCGCCUUUGCGCAGUCGAACCCGGUCGCCCAGACUAUCGUCCUUCUCAUCUUGGAACUUUGCAUGAUGCUGGCAGUCGGUAUCAUCAAGCCAUUCAUGAGCAAGGGCGCCAAUGUCGUCGCGAUCGCCACUGGUGUUCUCAACUCCCUCAACACAAUCUUCCUCCUGGUCUUCUCCGACGUUUUCGACCAACCGGACCUUAUGACCGGAAUCCUCGGUGUUCUCUUCUUCAUUUUCAACGCGAUCUUCACUCUCAUUCUCUUGAUCUACCUCUUGGUUGGUCUGGUGUACGCCAUCUUCUUCAAGAAGCCCGACACCAAGUAUCGUGCCCUCGCUGACGACCGCGACUCUUUCCGCUGGUCUCGCAACAACACAACAACUGAGCUGUCAUCUCUUGAGAAGAUCGCUAGGGGCGAAGACGAUACCGAGGCGCAUCCCCACCACCCCGCGCGUGUUGCUACCGCCCCGCCUAGUGAUGAGGAUGUGUCCAUGGCCGCCAGAAGACCCUACAAUGAUGUAGUAGACCCUUCUCUACCACUCUUCCCCACCAGCUAUGACCACCACCGACGACGGUCAUGA